AUGGAGACCAGAUGGUCUAGAGGGUCUGCCCCGGCCUCGCCCUACGAGUACGUGGAUACGACGUGGGCUUCAACCCCGCAUUCAGAUGGGUCCAGAAACCUCGGCAAGCCCUCCGGUACCUACUCCGAGGGGUACUACCAUAGCUUCGCUAGCAGGCCCAGCCGCUUCCCUCAGGGCUCCGAGCCGCAGCUGCUUCGCCUGCGCCCCUCCUCGCGGCGCACCCAAGACAUCUCCCACUUGCUCACCGGCGUCUUCCGCAACUUGUACUCGGCUGAUGUAAUCGGCGAGGACUUGAGCACAAGUCUGAUCAAGGCCCGCGGCAGUGAGAAUGCUGUCCACCAGGCGUUCGUGGAUGAGCUGCAGCAGAUUCGGGAACUCUAUAAGCAGAGACUGGAUGAAGUUGAAAUGUUGGAGAGACAUAUCAUUCAGGCCCGUGCACGGGCCCUGGCAGAGAAGGAGCGGGCCAUGACCCAGGCCAAAGUACAUGUCCUUCAAGACUCUGUCAAGUUGCCUCCAGUGAAGACUGUUUUCAGAUGGUGUGUAGACAGCCAGUUGCUACAGAAACAUCAUUUGAUCUGCCCAGAAGAUUACUACAGUGAUACCGUGCCAUUUUGCUCUGCACCUAAAGGAAACUUCCUCCCUGGAUAUUCAAAACUGACAUUUAGUUGUGAGAUGCGUUCUGUCCCAAAGAAAGAUCUGGACAAGAAGCCUGAUGUUUCCUGCAAAAAGCUUAAUACAUUUGAAGAUGAUUUAGACUACACUGUAGACAGCCUGACAUGGGACUCAACUCCUAAGAUCAAACAAAGGAGCCCAGAAACUGUCAAGAGAGCAGUUUCAGCAAAAAAUAAAAAAUGGAUGAACCACUUACGUGUGCCACAGAGAGAACUAGAGCGACUUUUGCUUGCCAGAAUGGAGAGUCGGAACCAAUUCCUAAAAAACCCUCGGUUUUUCCCUCCUAAUACUCCAUAUGGAGGCAAGUCUCUUGUUUUUCUACCAAAGAAGCUGGCACAGGGUGUAGAGCAAGAACAAAGCUGUGCUGAUACUCCAGUAUUUCUAGCUAAGCCAUCAGUCGGAUUUUUCACAGAUUAUGAAAUUGGAUCAGUGUAUGAGAUGGUGAUUGCACUGCAGAACACCACCUCGACCAGCCGCUACCUGCGGGUCCUCCCACCUUCUACUCCACACUUCGCCCUGGGAUUGGGGAUGUUCCCAGGAAAAGGUGGAAUGGUGGCUCCUGGAAUGACCUGCCAGUACAUUGUCCAGUUUCUUCCCGACUGCCUUGGGGAUUUUGAUGAUUUUAUUUUAGUUGAGACGCAGGCAGCCCACACACUCCUGAUCCCCCUGCAGGCCCGGAGGCCACCCCCGGUGCUGACAUUGUCACCAGUGUUGGACUGUGGUUACUGCCUUGUUGGGGGAGUAAAACUGACCAGAUUCAUCUGCAAAAAUGUGGGCUUCAGUGUUGGCAGGUUCUGCAUUAUGCCCAAAAAGAGCUGGCCGCCAUCAAGUUUCAGGGCUGUUGCAAUUGUUGGCUUUGUUGAACAACUUCCCUUUGGAAUACUGCCUUCAGUGUUUGAGCUGGCCCCAGGGUAUGCCAUAUUAGUGGAGGUCUUAUUCCUCCCAAAGAACCUAGGAAAGGCAGAGCAGACCUUCAUCAUCGUGUGUGACAACUGCCAGACAAAGGAGCUGGUGAUUGUAGGAACCGGGCAGUUGGUUGCUCUGGACCUGAUCUAUAUUUCUGGUGAAAAAAGUCAACCAGAACCUGGAGAGCUCACAGACUUAACAGCCCAGCACUUCAUACGAUUCGAGCCUGAAAACCUUCUGUCCACAGCUAAGAAACAGCUGAUUAUUAGAAAUGCUACGCAUGUGGAGCUGGCCUUCCACUGGCAGAUCAUGAAGCCCAACUUGCAGCCCCUAAUGCCUGGAGAAACCUACAGCAUGGACAGCAUCAAGUACUACCCAGACAAAGAGACUGCCUUCUCCAUCAUUCCUGAAAAGGGCGUGCUCAGAUCCCAUGCAGACCAUGAAUUCAUCCUGAGCUUUUCUCCUUAUGAGCUGAGAGACUUUCACAGUGUACUUCAGAUGGUACUAGAAAAAGUCCCAGAACUUGUAAGUUCAGAAGUGGAGAACCUGAUGGACACUACAUACCCUAUGGAUGAUGUGAUUGUCCUGGAAAUUGAAGUGAAAGGCUCAGUAGAGCCUUUCCAGGUUCUCUUAGAACCAUAUGCCCUCAUUAUCCCAGGGGAGAACUACAUUGGCAUAAAUGUGAAGAAAAAUUUUAAGAUGUGGAACAACAGCAAGUCAGCCAUCAGAUACAUGUGGGGGAAGAUCAGUGACUGCCACAUCAUUGAAGUGGAACCCUGCACAGGGGUCAUAGAGCCCAAUGAAGUCAGGGAGUUUGAGUUGAACUUUACUGGGGGUGUCCCUGGCCCAACAAGCCAGGACCUGCUGUGUGAAAUCAAAGACUCGCCCUCGCCAGUGGUAUUGCACAUUGAGGCAGCCUUUAAGGGACCUGCUCUGUUCAUCAACGUCUCAGCCCUUCAGUUUGGUCUCCUCCGCCUGGGGCAGAAAGUCACAAACUCCAUUGAGAUCCAGAACAUCAGCCAGCUCCCAGCCAGGUGGCACAUGAAGGAAAGCCCUGUCUGCCUCAAAGAAAGGACCGAAGAUGUGUCUCCCUUCAAUAUUGAGCCUUCCAGUGGCCAGCUUCACCCUCUGGGGGAGUGCAGCGUGGACAUCACCCUGGAGGCCUUGCACUGCCAGCGCCUGCAGACCGUUCUGGAGCUGCAGGUGGAAAACGGGACCUGGAGCUACCUUCCUGUCUAUGCUGAGAUACAGAAGCCCCAUGUGUACCUACAAAGCAGCCAGGUGAAAGUCAGCAACCUCUACCUGGGUGUACCCACAAAGGCAAGCGUCACACUCAUCAAUGGCACACUUCUGCCCACCCGGUUCCACUGGGGCAAGCUCCUGGGGCACCAAGCAAACUUGUGCACAGUGACAGUCUUUCCCAGACGUGGCCUGCUGGGCCCCAGUAAGGAGUGCCAGAUCAACUUGGAGUUAACUACUCAUACUCAGGAAGAGCUGACCAAUCUGGCCCUCCCUUGUUACGUGUCAGGCAUGAAGAAGCCACUGGUCCUAGGCAUUUCUGGGAAGUCCAAGGGACUGCAGGUGGCCAUCACCAUCUCUAUGGAAGGCUCUAAUAGCAGCACACAGGAGUGGCCAGGUGACCUGAAUAAGCUCUGCCUGGACUUUGGCUCAACAGUGCCACUGAGGACCCAUGUGAAUUGUCAGCUCAUCCUCACCAACUGCUCCCCAAUACAGAUCUUCUUCUCCCUCAAAUUUGAGUACUUUGGCAGCCCCCAGAAUAGCCUGAGCAAAAAUACCAGCCUCCCUGACAUGCCUCCUGCCUGGCUAAAGACAGUACGGAUCCAAGAGCUCUUGGCCAAGCGAGAGCAGCGGGAUUUUAUGGAAAGCAUGUUGUCUCAUGGGAAAGGAGCUGCCUUCUUUCCCCACAUUUCCCAGGGCAUGCUGGGGGCCUACCAGCGGCUGAGCAUUGACAUUACAGCCUGUGCAAACAUGUGGGGAGAGUACUGGGACAACCUCAUCUGCAUGGUAGGAGACCUGCCACCAGCAGUCAUCCCCGUGCAUAUGGCUGUGGUGGGCUGCCCCAUCAGUUCCCUGAGGACCACCUACUACACCACUGACAAGUUGCAGAAGGAGCCUGUCAUCAGGUUUGGUGCCCAGGUCUCUGGAGGAGACACAGUUACCAGAACCCUUCGCCUGAAUAACUCUAGCCCUUGUGACAUCCGCCUGGACUGGGAGACCUAUACUCCCGAAGACAAGGAAGACCAGCUAGUGGAGCUGUUGGUGUUUUAUGGACCACCAUUCCCACUGCGGGACCAAGCCGGGAAUGAGCUCGUGUGUCCUGAAACCCCUGAGGGCAAUGUCUUCCUCUUAUCCCCAAGUCCCUCCAAUGUGUCAAUAUCCAGCCUUGAAGCUGCCCCAUCGGUCGAGAGCAGUUCCAGCACCAGCAGCAGUGAGGCAGAGAAGCUAAUCUCAGUCAUCCUGCGGGAGCAUGAGGGCGUGCUCACCGACCAUCUGUACUCUGUCAGCCCCAAGCAGGUGGUGGUCCCUGCUGGGGGCAGUAGCACCAUCUACAUCUCCUUCACGCCCAUGGUGCUGAGUCCUGAUACCCUGCACAAGGUGGAGUGUACUGGCUAUGCCCUGGGUUUCAUGAGCUUGGAUGACAAGGUGCAAAGGGAAAUUCCAGGGAAGAGAAGUCGCCUGCAGGACUUUGCUGUGGGACCCUUGAGACUGGACCUACAUGGCUAUGUGAGGCCUGCACAGCUAAGUGUGGAGCUGGACUAUGGCAGCAGCAUGCAGUUUCGGUGCCAGGCCAGUGACCUCAUCCCGGAACAGCCCUGCUCUGGGGUACUGAGUGAGCUGGUGACUUCCCGCCACCUGAAGCUGAUCAACACUACAGAAAUCCCACACUACUUCCGGCUCCUGGUUUCCAAGCCAUUCUCUGUUUCUGAAGAUAGGGCUGGCCAAAGCCAAAGAUCUCCUGGCCAGAAGCAGGAGUGUGAGGAGAUGGUCUCAGCAGGCAAACAGCUGGUGCUCCGGCCUCAGGAGAACAUGCUGGUGAAUGUGUAUUUCUCACUCUCCCUGGAGCUGCUCUCCUAUCAGAAGCUCCCAGCUGACCAGAUGCUACCUGGGGUGGACAUUCAGCAGAGCGCCAGUGGAGAGAAAGAGAUGGUGUUUAUUCAGAAUCUGCUCCUGGAGUAUAGCAACCAAACCACUCAGGUUGUGCCCUUGCGGGCCACGGUCGCUGUGCCUGAGCUGCAGCUCUCCACCAGCUGGGUGGACUUCGGGACCUGCUUUGUGAACCAGGAGCGAGUCCGGGAAGUCUACCUGAUGAACCUGAGCGGCUGCCACAGCUACUGGACCAUACUGAUGGGCCAGCAGGAGCCAGCCAGGGAUUCUGUGGCCUUCAGGGUGUCCCCAACCAGUGGGCUUCUCGAGGCACGACCCGUCAAUGCACCUCCAAACUCCAUCACCCUGAAUGUUUACUUCACUGCCAGGAGCAGUGAACUGUAUGAAUCCACACUGGUGGUGGAAGGCAUGCUUGGAGAGAAGGCCUGCACCCUUCGGCUCCGGGGCCAAGGCUCUUACGACGAGAGAUACAUGUUGCCUUACCAGCUCUGAGGGUCUGCCCCAUGCCUCAGCUCUGGUGCCCAGCUGUGGAAUAAAUAUGGCCCAGGGCUGAGGAGCAGGUCUGCUGGGCAGGGACACAUACUGGGAGCCCUCUGAGCAGCUACUGGAAUGGAGAAUCCCCCUUCCAUGACACAUCUCAGUGUAGGCCCUGCACAUGUGUCCUCAGAGCUAAUGUAAAGGCUAGGUGGAGACCAUAGCAGUU